GCGCAGCCCCGCGGCCUGUGCGGCAGUGGCCAUGGCGAGGUCCCCGUGCAGUGGCGGCAGCGGCAGGCGCAGCAAGUCUUUCUGGAUGUGCAGCUGCGGCAAGUGGAAUUGGGACUGGCGCACCUCUUGCCUGGGCUGCGGGUAUGCGGCCCCGCCAUGGGCGACUGGGACGCCCCCGCCCAAGGCGAGGCCCAAGGCAGACAAGGACGGCUGGGUGGAUCAGCCACGUGGGCGCCGUGCCCAGAGGCAGGCCCGCGGAGCGGCCACGCGGGCAGCAUCCACCAAGUCGCAGACCUCGGCCUCGGCAGCGAAUGGGACGUGCAGCGGUGGAGGCGCCACGGCGAUCGAGAGGCUCCAGGCGGCCGUCGAGCAGCUCGAGGCGCUGCAGGCAGAGCCCCCAGACGGAGUGGAUGGGUGCUUCACCGACGUCGUGGCCGGCCAGCUGGAGGCGAAGCGUGCGGAGCUGGUCAAGGCGAACGCCAUCAGCAAGGGCGAGAAGCGGCUCCGGGCAGCCCGCGUGGAGCUCGAGCAGAAGCAGGAGGCGCGCGACCUUGUCGAGGCCCAGCUCCACCUGGCCCAGGAGAAGCUCGCGGAGCUCGACGAGGAGGUGGAGGAGGCGAGCCUGGCGCUCCAGGCGCUCGAGGAAGCUGUCCGCGAGGAAGCCGAGGCGAUGCGCCGCCAGCGCGCAGCCGAGUGGACAGGAGCCAGCCAGGUACCAGGACUCCUCAUGCAGCUGGAGAAGUUGCCAGAGGCGUGGAGUACCAGCAACUUCGAGGUGGCCUGGGCGGCUAUUCGCGCCCAGAUGGAGGCAGUGCGGGCGCAGUUCGAGGGGGCGCCAUUGGCCUCCAUGCGCACGCCGUGGGCCGAGUCCUGCCCCAUGGAGGAGAUCAGCGGCAACGUUGGCGGUCUCGCAGACUGCGGCGGCGUCUGGCAGCCCCAGCCAGUAGGGGGGCGAGGCCAAGCCGAGCGGUGCGGCAAGCCGCUGGGCGAGUGGCCCACGGUGGCCCAUUCGUGCAAGCGGGAGCUGGCGGCAGAGGCAGCGGACCUGACCCCCCUGGCUGCUCAUCCUGCUGGCAAGGUCGUCGAGAGCGGCUGGGCGGGGCUCCGCGGCAUGGGCGUCCUGGUCCCGCCCUGGGGCCAGGGGCGCGCUGCAGGGCCCAGCGGUGUCCGCAUCCUCCUGAGCACUGGAGAGAACGUAGUUGGGGGCAUCGUGCUCGGCGCUAGCGAGUGGAUCGAGGCCGUGGGCAGAGCAGGGGUACCUGAACCUCCUGAGGCGAUGGCCUGGUGUGCGAGUCCACAGCGGCCUACCGUGCCGCCACUCAGGGCGCGAGUGCAGAGACGUGAAGGGGCGGCUGCCAGCGGCGGGGAAGCCGCCACGGGCGUGGGCCAUGCCUCGGCCGUCCGCGACGAGGUGCAGGCCCAGUGGAGCGGCAACAGGCGCUUCGAGUCGGAGAGGUACACGGUCAUGGGCCUCGGCGGCACGUCCAAUUCCGUGUUUUUCGGGCUGCGGCCGUGGCCAGGAGUCGAGGAGGACGCGACGCAGUGGCGAGCGCGAGGUGGAGGUGACGGCGAACGCGACAGCGAGCAGUGCGUCAUUGGCUGGGCCGCGAGCAGCAGAGGGCUCCUGCCUGCCGAGGAGAACUACCCGGUGACUUCAGCGGCGGCAUCGGAGGCCCUGCGGGCUGAGGAGGUCCGCGGCGGCGGCGCUCCAGCUGCGCGGGCCCGCCUGGGAGACGGCCGCUCGACGGGGGGCAGCGCGGCAGCCCUCUCGGCCACCGCCGUCGCGUUCAGCGUCCUGGGGCACGUGCUCGGCUACGCCUGCGUGGGCGAAGGAGAGGAUGCCCAGGAGAUCGUGGCGUGCACCAAGUGCGGCGCCUACAAGAUGCUGGGCGGGCACGCAGGAGGCAGAUCUCGCCUGAAGAUGCAGCGCCCAGGGCCCAGCAAUCUGACGAACAAGUCGAGAGACCAGCGCAGCCUGUGGGAGCGAGGGCUCCACCCUGGCGGCAGGCGCGACCUGUCGGCCCGUGCGCCUGGGGCCAUGGCGCGCUCCUCGCGUGGCGGCAGUAGUGGCAAGCGCAGCAGGCCGUACUGGAUGUGCAGCUGCGGAGGUUGGAACUGGGACUGGCGCCUCAGCUGUGGGUAUGCAGCGCCGCCCUGGGCUCUGGGGUCGGCCCCCGCCGUGGCGAAGCCCAAGGCUGACAAGGACGGAUGGGUGGACCGGCCGAGGGGGCGCAAAGCCCAGCGGCAGGCCCGCAGCGCUGCCUCACGAGCGGCAUCCGCCAAGUCGCAGACCUCGGCUUAUGCGGCAAGUGGGGCGCCGAGCGGCGGCGGAGUUACGGCUAUGGAGAGGCUGCAGGCGACGGUCGAGCAGCUGGAGGCGCUGCAGGCUGGGCCGCCCGAGGGCGUGGACGGCAGCUUCACCAGCGUCGUGGCCAGCCAGCUGGAGGCGAAGCGGGCAGAGCUGGCCAGGGCCCAGCAAGCAGCAGCGGAGCAGAAGGCCGUCACCAUGCCGCGGUCGACGCUGCUGCACAAUGAGGCCAACGCCAUCAGCAAGGCGGAGAAGCGGCUCCGCGCAGCCCGCCAGGACCUGGAGCAGAAGCAAGUGGCGCGCGACCUCGCGGAAGCCCAGCUCCAGAAGGCCCAGGAGGAGCUCGCGGAGCUGGACGGCGCGCUGGAGGAGGCCAGCAGGGCGCUCCAGGUCCUCGAGGAAGCCGCCCGUGAGGAGGCGGAGGCGAGGCAGCGCCAGCGGGCCGCUGAGUGGGCAGGAGCCAGCCAGGCGCCAGGGCCCCCCGCGCAGCUGGACAAGCUGCCAGAAGCCUGGGCCUCCAGCAACUUCGAGAUCAGCAGCGACGACGGCAACCUCGCAGGCAGCAGCGGCCCCUGGCAGCCCCAGGCCGCAGCGGAGCGCGGCCAAGCUGAGCGGUAUGGCAACGCGCUUGUCGAGUGGCCGCAGGUGGCGCAGGCUUGCAAGCGGGAGCUGGCAGCCGAGGCUGCGGACCUGGCCCCUUUGGCUGCUCGUCCUGCUGGCCACGCCGCUGGGAGCAGGUGCGGAGGAGGGCUGGAGGCCUUCGGGGCCUCGCCCAUAGGGGUGGCGGGACGAUCCCUGGUGCGGAUCGACUGGCACUUCAAGUCGGAGCAGUACUGGGUCGCGGAGCACGGCGAAGAGUUCGAUCCUAUGACCCUCGAGCCUCGGGAGCAGGACCUGGGGGUGGGCCUGGCCGCUCGGCAGGCCUGGGGCCCGGACCUCCACCGACGCCCGGCCCUCACCCACGCCAUGCGCCAGGCCCUCGAUGUAGCGCUGCAGAGGCUCACAGCUGACAGGACGCAGCGCUGGCAGCCCUCGCCCGAGGCUUGGUAUGCUCGGCAGGUGGCGCGUGUCCUGGCCGAUGUGGAGGCAGCCACCGCAGCGACCUGCGAGGAGGACGAGGUCGGGGCCCUCGAGUUCGGCACUAGCGAGUGGAGCGACUUCAUUGGCCAAGCAGGAUGUGUGCUCGGGGGCUGGAGGCUGCAGCAGCCAGGCGCGCUAGUGCCGCCACUGGGGAGCGCUGUGCCUCCCUCGCCUACCGACGCGGUGGUGCGGACUCUGGUGCGUUCCGGCCGGUACCUCGAGUCGGAGCGGUGCAAGGUUGCGGACCUCGGUGAAGAGUUCGAUCCCAUGUUCUUCGGGCCUCGGGCGCUGAGCAUGAAGGAUGGUUCUGAUGCUCGGCAGGCCUCCAACCGCCAUGAGUGGCGGAGGCUCAGCAGCGUCCCCCGCUUGCUUCGGCCGUCGUUCGGGGGCGCCAUCGGGCAGCGGCUCGGGCCAGGUGUCGAGCUGAGCGUGAGGGGGCAGCACGUGCGUGGUGCCCACAUCUCCAACACGCACUGGGCGAUGCGUAUCUGGAGGAUUCGCAAGCCAGUUGACGGCAGGCUCAACGGCAAGCUGUGCCUCGAUGCGGCCGCGCCUGCAGAGCAGCCGCUCGACGGGGGCAGCACGACCGCCCUCUCGGCCACUGCUGUCGCCUUCAGCAUCCUGGGGCACGCGCUCUGCUACGCUUGCGCGGGCGAAGGCGAGGGCGCCCGGGAGAUCGUGGCCUGCUCCAGGUGCGGGUCCUACAAGGUGCUGGGCAGCCACGCAGGGGCCAAGCCUCGCCUGAAGGAACGGUGCCCAGGCGAUAAGACGAGCAAGUCAGGCAGGAACCAGCGCAGCCUGCGGGGGCGAGGGCCCCAUCCUGGAUGCAGGCCACGAGCGGACAAGCAGAGAGUGAAGGGAGAGGGCAUCCCCGCUCUGCGUUCGCAAGGGCCAGUGCCAGGACACGCCCAUGAGCGCUACCUGAAGUGGCUCGGCAUCGAAGCGGAGCUUGCAGGUGGUGCCACAGCCGCAGCCAGCAGCUCAGGCAGCAGCCCAGCUGCUCCCGCGGCGGUGCAGGCGGCGGAGGCUGCGGCUGCCAGCCUGCCCCUGCAGCAGCCAGCCUCGGCGAGAGCUGGGCUCCUCGGCGUGCACGGGACCGCCGAGGAGGGGUUCGCCGCCGCGGACAGCACGGCGAUCGACGGCCAG